AUGGGCAAAAAGAAGCCACGUAUGUCGCUUUUUUCAACGUUUGUUCAACAAAUAAAUGAACAUGACACUAAACUAUCAUCAAGUGAAUAUCAUCUUAUUGAUAAUGAAUAUUUUGCUGCAUUUAACACACUUGAUGAUAUUCAACAAUUUCAUAGUAAAAUAACAAAAAACGAACAAGAACAAUCGAUUACUAUUGAUAACGAUACUGAUCUUCAUAUCGAAGAAGAUAAUGAUGACAUGGAUAUGAAAUCAUUUGCUCAACAAUUUCUUAUUGACUUACCUGACCAAAUGACAAAGGUAACUGAAAAUCCAAAUCUGUCUUCUACACCUUCACAAGAUAUAUUCACUACAAAUCAACCGAUUAAUUGGUCACCUAAAUUUUCGAAACUUUUAAUGUUCUUCAUAGUAGAUAAAACAAAGCGAAAAUCAACAACACCUGUUAAAUUAAAUAUGGAAAUAAAUAAUAAUAAAAGACAACGACGAAAUAUUCAAGAUUUACCUAAACUAAAUCAAUUUUUCUCUACGUCUGAUGAUAAUGAUCAAAAUUUGUUAGAUUCAUCGACUAAUAUAUUUCAAUGUUUACAAGAUGAAGCAUCUUCAAAUAAAAUUACAUUUGAAAAUAUGAAUUCAAUUCUUUCUACAUUAAGUGAUAAACAAUCAAUAAAUAAUGAAGCUACGAUAUCAAUCGAAUUCGCUGAACCAUCAAUAAUCAAAAAUGAACCCAUAGAAUCUGAAAAACUGACCAUAGAACUAAAAGAAGAACCAAUUGAAUUAGAUAUGAUUUCUACAGAUUCAAUGGGUUUUGCUACUUCUAAAUAUUCUGGUGACUUAGAUCAGUAUGUUCAAAAUAUUCAUCUUCUUCAUCAAUCUUCAAACACUGAAGAAUCAAAUUCUAUGGUAACUUCACGUCCAAAACGCAUUCGUAAGCGAAAGAAAUUUUACAUUGAAGAAAGUGAAUUGAUAACAAGACCAAAAAAAGUCAAAACACCCAUACGAAAAAAACAUCCUCCACCUGCAACUUCUCAAGUAUCAUCAACACUUCAUUUAACUGAUGCUGAAAUAGAACAACAAUUUGGUGAACGUUUACCAACUAUUAAAACCGAACAUGAUGAUGAUAAUACACAACAAAUUGUUAAUAGUCAAAUAGUGAUUGAAUUUGAACCAGUUACACAUUCAACACAAACACCACUCGAAAAGGCACGAGCGAAAUUAUUAGCCGCUUUAGAACGUGGUCAUGAUCCCGACACAUAUUUACUUAAAAUUCGUUCUCGUGAACAUCAAAUAAUUGAAGUUCAAUUAGCUAUUUAUAGUACAGCUGAUUGGCACCCACAUCGUACUAAAAUAUUAGCAAAAAUUGAAGAAGCACUUCGUGGUCUUCGUGUAAAUUGGACAAAAAUUGAUAUAAUUGUGGAUAAUUUCGAUAUUCAAAUUUCUACAUCACCACAAAUUGCUACAAUAUGUCCACCAACAAAUAUGUCAAAUACAAAUUCAUCUUGGUUUUUAAAAACUUUAAGUGAAUCAGGUCCAAUUAUUAUUCAUAUACAUGAUCGACAACAUCCUCAACAACGUUUUCUAAUCAAAUGUUCUUGUCCAGAAUGUUCAUCAACAUCGAUUAAAGAUUCUAUUGAUUCAUCAUUACCGGUAAUUGUAAAUGUUUCUUCGGCAUCAACACCAACUCGUCGUUUAAUGACUCCAACUAUUUUAAAUAAAAGUCAACAACAAAGGAAUGUAUCUUUAUUACAUAGUAUUGAUACAAGUUUUUUUAAUGAACUUAUUUAUCAAUGGGGAAGAACAAUAGUUAUAUCUGUAACACAAUGUGUACUUGAUCUUGCAUUAAUUGUUAGUGUUCAUGCAUCAUUACCAAAUCUUUGUGUAUCACCAAAUUAUUCCAAAGAAGAAUAUAAAAAAAAAUAUCAACAAAUUAUUGAUCCACUUAAAUAUAAAUUAAAUGACAAUGAUAAAUUAUUAUUAUCAGAAACACCAAUGAUUGCACAUGUUGUUUCAGUUAAUUCAACAAAUAAUACACAAUCAAUUAUUCUUUCAAAACCACCAGAUAUUUUAAAUUUUUAUAAUAUAAUUCAACAAAAUAAAACAAACAUACGAAAUGCUAAUGAUUUAAUUACAAAAUCAUUUUCUACACUUCCUUCUUCUCCUGUUCAGCCAAAUAUAAUUAAAGCUCGAACAUUAAUUCUUCCAAAAUCAACAUCAUCAUUAUCUCUUUCAAAUAUACAAACAACAAUGGCAUUACUUGACUUUAAAAAACUCAAUGAACAAAAUCGUCGUUUAUGUCGUCGUUCAUCUCAAACAAAUCGUUAUGAUAAAUAUACUCGAAAUUAUUUAGAUAACGAUGAAACAAAACAACAAGCUCAUUGUACAUCAUUUAUUGAAUUAAAACCUAUUAUGGGUGGAUCAACAAUAACAAAACAAAAUAUACAUUCAUUUACAAGAGAAAAUAAUGAAACAAUUAUUGUUCGAGAUGCACAAAAUAAUGAAUUAAAAAAAGUAACAACAAUUAUGUCAACAAAUUCUGGAUUAAAUGAAACUCAACAUACAAAUCGUGAGAUUACUCCACCAUUAACUAGUAAUGCUCGUGUUAUUCGUCUCUCAGUUGCUAAACCAGGACUAUCAAAUGUUGAACAACAAGCGAAUUCAAUGUCAUCAUCUACUAUUCGAUUAGUAGCAGCAUCGAAAACUGAUUGUGAUACGUAUCUUUCACAUUCGAUUCCAUCCGUAAAUAAAGGUGAAGCAGUCCCUCUUGUACCGAAACAAAUUAAUAUAAUUAAACCGUUAUCAUCAUCAUCAUCAUCAUCAUCUAUUACAUCUGCUAUAAAACUUUUCAAUCCGAUUCUAAUUUCCCAUAAAUCUCAACAACCGUCAACAAAAUGA